ACUGCAGACAGUACAGGGGAUGACCAAAGACUGCGGACAUAGAACAGGAGAUGAACAGAGACUGCGGAAACAGUACAGGAGAAAAAACAGAGACUGCGGACAUAGUACAGGAAAUGAACAGAGACUGCGAACAUACUACAGGAGAUGAACAGAGACUGCGGACAUACUACAGGAGAUGACCAGAGACUGCGGACAUACUACAGGAGAUAUAUAUAAAGAAAAUGCAGCACUGUGUGAUGUUACUAUAUUGCGGGCAAAGUCCAGUAAUGGUGCUCGCUGAUUCCCAGUGCAAAAGUUAGAAAUGCGCAC